AUGCCUAAAAUCUGCAUCAACAAAGCGUCUCGGGAUACCUUAGAUCGCUUCUGGGCGUCCGCCUUUUCUACAUCACAUGAACAGAGCGUCAGUGCAACCAAUGUACUGGGAGAAGGAAUACUGCAUUUGUUAAGAAAAUCUAAUUUCACUCUCGUUCCCGUGAGGCCCCUUGCAAGUCCUCCUGAUACCUGGCUUGCAAACCCAGCUUUUUAUAUCGAUGACACGUUCUAUGAUAGAAUUCGCCCCGCGCUUUUGCUCGCAUCGAGGCUUGUGUAUGAAAGCAGGUGGUUCUUCGACAAUGUUUGGGCUCGAGACAUCGCUGGAGAAGACGGUAAACUCUUCUUUGACCAUGAGAGCGAACUAGUCACCACACAAAUUUACAAUUGGCAAGAAGAAGUGUUCGGCGAGGUGAGCAAUUUCCAAAUACUCCUAGGAUACUAUGGACAUGGGUAUAAAUCGUACGGAACCCUCCACACCUGGUUUUAUCCUGCGAAUCCUGCUGCUCAAGACCGGGUACCAGUUUUUGCGAUGCGGCUGAACGAAAUCUUUUAUAAGUUGUUCACCGAUCCAUCUUUUACUGCCUGGCCGAAAGACAAGAUUCAGAGAACGAUGUUUCUAUUGGCAGUAACAAUCGUUCACGAGCUCAUUCAUCUCUGUUAUGCUUAUAAGACGCUGUUCGACUAUCGGUUCGGCGUUGAGGCACCUGAAGUCGGAGCCCCGUUUUUAUCCAUCAGAUCCAAGAGGAGAACUUGGCUUGGCCUGGAUGAGAUGGGCAUUUGGAGGAAUUCCAGUCCCAGUAGGCUCAGAGACUCGAUUCGACCAGCACAUGAAUUACACCGCUUUGCAAAUCUACCAUAUCGACGACAUCUUCCAGUGGAUGCGACCGAUCUAGCUCAAGUUUUCGAUGCACGAUGUUGGCGAAUUCACCGCGUCAUCAACAAAAGCAACACCACUCGAUACAUUAAAUUGUUUGGAGAUGACUUCAUCGAUGCGAUGCGAGUCGUCGGCCGGAUUAGCAAUUGGCAGGCAACCUACGGAAAUUCUUCUUGGCCGACCGUGGAAGAACUCGAAAACAUUCAAGCACCAUCAGGGAUGUCACCUGCUGUGCGCACAACAUCUGUAUACCCUGGCAUUAGGAAAGGUAAAGAGCAGCGUCAGUCAGAAACCAUCGCUUCUGGCUUGAGCGCAUUGAUCACAGCGUUCUCUGCCCUUGCUAUAGACUGA